AUGCUGGGGACGGGCACGGGUCCAUUCGGGCCCCCACAAGCUGCCAGGUGGGAAGACACAGCUCACGAGAGCUUCAGCGCAGCAGCAGCAGCUUUUGCUGCAUCAGUCGUGGAAAGGGAAGCAGCAGCAGCAAAACUGCAAGCAGCAAACGAGUUUCUCUUUGCUUCUUUGCGCAGCCUCAAGGUUUGCUGGAGCCGUCAUGUGGGCGUGCCUUGUGGGGAUGCGGCUGGGGCAGAAGCAGCAGCAGCUGCUGCUGCUGCAGCAGGCUGGCGGGUAGUCUCGGCAGAUUUUGCUGCUGAUGGUUCUUUGCUGCUGGUUGCUGCUGUGGGCGGGCCCGAGGGGAGCUCUGCGAAACUGCUGUUAAUCGAUUUGAAAACCGGAUGCGUGCCCCGGGUGUAUGACUGUCCGGAAGGAGGCGUUUCCUCUGCUCGGUUUGUGGCCUUGUCAACUGCAGAGUGUCUCAUUGGGGGCGCUGAAGCUGAUGCGUGCGUCCGUCUGUGGGACUUGGCCGCCGGUCGGCUUGUCUGCCCCUACCCGCUCCCCGUGCCUCUAAUCGGGUCUGAGGGCUUGCUGGCGCAUCCCCGGCAGCGCCUUUUUCUGGCCAGCUGUUGCAACGGCUCGGUGCUUUUGUUUGACUUGAAGCAGAGCCAGCCGCUGGCUGUCAUGCAGUGCGAAAACCCCCGCCCCGCCAUCGCCUUUGACUGGGAAGGGCUGGUCUUCGCGGUGGCCCGUUUCUCCACCGACGUGCGCCUAGUCAACAGCGAGUUGACCGACCUGCAAGAAUUCUCUGCAUUUGACUUGUCAGCUUCUUUGGACCCUGGUAGCUGCAUCGCGAGUCUUUGCUUCAGCCCCGACGGCGAAGCAAUUGCUGUGGCUACAAACCGCCACCAGCUGCUGCUGGUGAAUGCCUUCGAGGGCACUACGAUGGCGAGACUGUGCGAGGCGUCAUUCGGCGACUUGUCGAGCGAUUGGCCCUGCACGCCUACUUUUUCAGGCAACAGUUCGUUGCUGUUUUGGUCUCGAGGCCCCAGCCUCUUGGCCUUUCGGAUGCCUCCGGCCACAGACAGCGGCGCGCAGCAGCAGCAGAAGCAGCAGCGGCAGCAACAAACAGACCUUAACACGGAGCUGCUAGUCGCUAGGCAUGCGGGCCAUUCAGAGCCAAUUUCCAUCGCCAAGGCGUCGCCUACUCAUGCGCUUGUGCUGACAGUGGGUGGUGGUGUCGUUGCCUUGUGGCAGCCGGCAGUGCAGGCAUAG